GUAAAUAUAUAACGGAAAAACAAUCAAAUCCCCUCUUUCCACCAAAAAUCACUCUCUCCGCCCCAUGAAAUCACGUUUCCGAUUUGUAAAACCCGACGCCGAUCCGACGCCGACUUACAUCUCCAGCUCAGCCAACCACAGCGCUAUCAUCUGAGUCCCCAAAUCUCCAUCCAGGUUUUCGUCGGUCAUUGUAGAUUGGAUGUGAUCUCACUGAAUCGAAUCGGUGAUUGAAGAUGGCGUGGUUCAGUAGUAAGGUCUCGUUGGGGGGCUUCCCGGAUAUCGCCGGCGCUGUGAAUAAGCUCCAGGAGAGCGUCAAGAACAUCGAGAAGAAUUUCGAUAGCGCUUUGGGGUUUGAAGAGAAGGAGAAGCUUGAAUCCGCGAAUGAAGCUUCAGGAUUAUGGCCUUCAUCUGCCGACAGGAUCAUGUCUUUUAUGGGGCAAAACAAUGAGGAUGACAGUGUUGAAUCAUCACAGAGAGCCGAGUCUUCUGAGUCUCCACCUAAGAUUGAUAAAUCAUCAGCGGAACCGGAAUCUUCAACUAAGGUUGAGAUAGCAUCAGUGGAGCCUAAAUCUCCACCUAAGGUUGAAUCAUCAUCAGUGGAGCCUAAGUCUCCACCUACGGUUGAGAAGUCAUCGGUGGAGCCUAAUCCACCCAAGGAUGAGAAGUCAUUGGUGGAGCCUAAAUCUCCACAACAUUCAUCUGCAGUUGAUGAAAAAGAUGGGGCAAUCGAAACAUUACCACAUUCUUCAACUGAAUGUGGUAAGGAGGAAAACGAAGUUUCCAAGAAAGAAAGAAAUGAAAGUCCUGAUGAGACUGCAGAGGAAACAAGGACAUCGGAAUCAGAGCCUGAGAAAUUAGAGUCCCAAUCGCCCUCAGUGCCAAUUGAGACACCUGAGCCCACCACAUCAUCAGAUCUUGUCGGUUCUCAAGAAGACAAUAAGAUUUCAGUAGGGGGAUCCUCAGAAAUUUCAGAAUCAGCUCCAGGAAUGUCAAGAGCUGUUAAUGUAGGUGAAGUUGAGGAGGGUAGUACUACUCUGCGGAGCGAGUCACAUGAUCAUGCUGAGGUGCAUGAGAAUGUGGAUGCCCAGAAGGAAAAUGACGAGAACGAUAAUGAAACUGUGACUCAAGCCGGAGAUAUUGUUGAAAUGGUUUCUACAGUUGAACCUGAGGAAUCAACCAGGAGCCUACCUCAAGAUGUUACUGAGCCAUCUGAUAUUCACUCCGUUACCACUGAGGUGAAUCAUAGCUCUGGUGAAUCUCCUAUCAAUCAAUUACCUAGUGUAUAUACUUCCAAUGAGGCUUCAGAUGCAUCUUCAGAGUUGGUUUUUAAACAAAAGGAUGCUAUAAUUGAGGAACCUGAAAUUGGUCAACGAGUUGAUGAGAAUGAAACCAACUAUAAUGAGCAACGUCUGAGCUCAGGACAAAAGUCAGACUAUUCAGACACGGGAGUAAAUGUGUCUGACGCUUCCAAUGCUUUUCUUGAAUUAGAGAAAGUGAAGAAGGAGAUGAAAAUGAUGGAAGCUGCAUUGCAAGGUGCUGCAAGACAGGCUCAGGCAAAAGCUGAUGAGAUUGCCAAGUUCAUGAAUGAAAAUGAGCAAUUAAAACUUGUGGUUGAGGAUUUGAAGAGAAAAUCCACUGAAGCAGAAGUUGAGUCUCUGCGGGAGGAAUACCAUCAAAGGGUUGCAACACUUGAAAGGAAGGUUUACGCUCUUACUAAGGAAAGGGACACCCUUCGAAGAGAGCAGAAUAAGAAAAGUGAUGCUGCUGCACUUCUGAAGGAAAAGGAUGAAAUAAUUAAUCAAGUUAUGGCUGAAGGCGAAGAACUUUCAAAGAAACAGGCUACUCAAGAAGGUCUCAUUAGAAAACUAAGAGCUCAGAUUAGGGAGUUCGAAGAAGAGAAGAAAGGGCUGAAUACCAAACUUCAGAUAGAAGAGAAUAAAGUAGAGAGUAUCAAGAGGGACAAGACAGCUACAGAAAAGCUCCUGCAGGAAACUAUAGAAAAGCACCAAACAGAACUUGCAGCACAGAAAGAGUAUUAUACUAAUGCUUUGGCUGCUGCCAAGGAGGCAGAAGCAAUGGCUGAGGCACGUGCUAACAAUGAAGCCAGAUCUGAACUAGAGAGUCGUCUAAGAGAGGCUGAGGAGCGUGAAGCUAUGCUAGUUCAGGCACUUGAAGAAUUACGGCAAACUCUAACUAGAACAGAGCAACAGGCAGUAUAUAGAGAAGACAUGCUUCGCCGGGACAUUGAGGAUCUGCAAAAACGUUAUCAAGAAAGUGAGCGGCGAUGUGAGGAGUUAAUCACGCAAGUGCCAGAAUCUACCAGGCCUCUUCUUAGGCAAAUUGAAGCGAUGCAGGAAACAACUUCAAGAAGAGCAGAAGCUUGGGCAGCUGUUGAGAGGUCUCUCAACAAUCGGCUACAGGAAGCAGAAGCCAAAGCUGCUGCUGCUGAGGAAAGAGAGCGAUCAGUGAAUGAACGCUUGUCUCAAACCUUAUCUCGAAUUAAUGUUCUUGAGGCUCAGAUAUCUUGUCUUAGAGCUGAGCAAUCCCAGUUAAGCAAGUCUCUUGAGAAGGAGAGACAAAGAGCCGCUGAAAAUAGGCAGGAGUACCUUGCUGCAAAAGAAGAAGCUGAUACUCAAGAAGGCCGUGCAAACCAGCUUGAAGAAGAAAUUCGUGAACUCAGGAGAAAACAUAAGCAGGAGCUACAAGAUGCAUUGAUGCACAGGGAACUGCUGCAGCAGGAAGUAGAAAAGGAGAAAGCUGCCAGGUUAGAUUUGGAAAGGACAUCUCGUGCGCGGUCUGCUACUGUAUCUGAUCAGACAACCAUAACAAGGCAGAAUUCUGCUUUUGAGAACGGAAGCUUGAACCGGAAACUUUCAAGUGCUAGCAGCCUGGGGAGCAUGGAGGAAAGCUAUUUUCUACAAGCAUCUCUUGACUCGUCUGAUAGUUUCUCCGAGAGGAGAAAUGCAGGGGAAGCAACCAUGACUCCAUACUAUAUGAAGAGCAUGACACCUAGUGCUUUUGAGGCUUCCCUUCGUCAGAAGGAGGGUGAACUUGCAUCUUACAUGUCUCGUCUGGCAUCCAUGGAAUCUAUUCGCGAUUCUCUAGCUGAAGAGUUGGUCCAAAUGACAGAACAGUGUGAAAAGUUGCGAGCAGAGGCUGGCAUGUUACCUGGCAUAAGAGCAGAGCUAGAUGCACUAAGGAGGAGGCAUUCUGCUGCACUGGAGCUGAUGGGUGAACGAGAUGAGGAGCUGGAGGAACUUCGUGCGGAUAUUGUAGACUUGAAAGAGAUGUACAGAGAGCAAGUAAACUUGCUUGUGAACAAGAUACAGAUAAUGAGUUCAGCAGUUGGAGCCUAACCUCAUGUUAUCCUAUACUCAUCUAGCAAUUCAUGUUCAUGGUAUAUAUAAGCUAUUGUGUACUGGUAAAUGCCAUUGUUUUGAUUCAAGCAUUAUUCUGGGUUUGCUCAAGUGUGUCUUUGCCAAGUGUUUGCAAAAGGGUAGCAUGCCCUUGUUUAAGUUUUGCAUUUUUGAUGAUGCCCUUGUUUAAGUUAAAUAUGUAUGUAACUGAGGGGAAUUGUUGUAUAGCAUGAUCUUUCGCAGACAGUUUUCCAGGUUAUACACAAUUUAUAGAAACAACUAAGAGCCUAAUUUAACAGCAUCACCCUAUUGUAAUAUCAACAACACUUUACCUUGCUG